UGUUUCUUAUUGCAGCGGUUGAGUCACUAGCCAGACUGGCCCGAGGUGAGCCAGGCACAUCCGCGUUAGGACUCAGAGACACGCCUUCUUCUCACACAAACCUUCCUGAUCCUAGCCGCCUAGUCGGACUCCCGGGUGGUGCUACCAGCCCUGCCACUCGCAGUCCGGACUGGCAGAGGUUGGGGACCGCCUGGCUUUGCACCGACUAGGAGCCACAGGUUGCAGACGCAGGGAGCCCUGCCCAUGACAGUGGCUCUGUGAGGCUCCGGGUGCGCGGUGGCUGCUGGUGGGUCCGGGAGCUCGGGAAGAUCGGAGCGGCCCUGAAACCUGACACCAGCGUCCUCGCUGUGGCUGUUCCUCCGGCUGGCCUGCCAAGACCAUCACUAUGACUGAUGGAGAUUAUGAUUAUCUGAUUAAACUCCUGGCCCUUGGAGACUCAGGAGUAGGGAAGACCACGUUUCUUUACAGAUACACAGACAAUAAAUUCAAUCCCAAAUUCAUCACUACGGUGGGAAUAGAUUUUCGGGAAAAACGUGUGGUUUACAACACACAGGGAGCAGAUGGAUCUUCAGGGAAAGCGUUUAAGGUGCACCUGCAGCUUUGGGACACUGCUGGACAAGAGCGGUUCCGGAGUCUCACCACUGCCUUUUUCAGAGAUGCCAUGGGCUUCCUGCUAAUGUUUGACCUCACCAGUCAACAGAGCUUUCUGAAUGUCAGGAACUGGAUGAGCCAACUACAAGCAAAUGCUUACUGUGAAAACCCAGAUAUAGUAUUAAUCGGCAACAAGGCAGAUCUACCAGACCAAAGGGAAGUCAACGAACGGCAAGCCCGGGAGCUGGCUGAAAAAUAUGGCAUACCAUACUUUGAAACAAGCGCAGCAACAGGACAGAAUGUAGAGAAGACUGUGGAAACCCUUUUGGACUUAAUAAUGAAGAGAAUGGAGCAAUGUGUAGAGAAGACACAGGUCCCGGACACUGUCAACGGUGGAAGUUCUGGAAAGCUGGAUGGGGAGAAGCCAUCGGAAAAGAAAUGUGCCUGCUAGGGACACUGCUAGGAACCUGUGAUGAAGAGUGUGCCCAAGUAGUACAUCCUGAAGUAAUGCAAACCACAAAGUUGUUGUUGAGUAGACCACGAGCAAUGGCAUGUCUUUCUCUUCCUGCCCCAAUCUAUUUUAAUAACCCAGAAUAAUCACUAGUAUUUAAAGAACCAUACUGUCCACCCGAGUCCCUUCCAAACAAAAGUGAAAAAUUUCCUAAGGUGGUCUCACCAUCAUGGAUGAUUGGUUGUAUUUUUGUAAAGAAGUUGUGUAUAUGAGAAGAAGUAUCUAUGAGUUUUAAAAUUAAGCACAUAUUACUAUUAGCCUGGAGAAAGGACUAGUCUAACUAAAAAAAAAGAAUAUAAAGAGAUGAUUUUUGUUUGCUGCUACUUAUAUGGAGUCUGAUUCAUACUUCUAUAUUUGCACUGGGGAAGGCAUAUUCCUAAAAUUGGACACCUAACAAAGAAUUCCAUGUGGCUUAUUAAUAAGACUACAUUUACCCAGUAAGCUGCACUGGUAAGGUUGUGAGUGGGUGAACAUUAGACUUACCGUAGGAAAUUGUGUAAUAAUGCCGUUUUUAUAUUUUUCACAAAUGACAGAAAGACAAGAAUAGGACCAUGGAUGAAAAAGUAUAAGAGACAUUCCCUGGAGAAAAAUAAAACAUGUAAAUAUGGCAGUGGAAUAGGUAAAAUUAAAUGGAUCUUUGAGAAAAGUCUGAGAAAGUCACUUAGCCAAAUCUCACUGAGGCAGAUUAGAAGCUGGCAUUACCAGCUGAAACUGGAAAUGCCUCAGAGGCUCCAAUUCAAAUGAUUCAGACUUUUAGCACCACUUCUCAUGGUGCCCAAGGUCACAUUUGAGUUCUAUUUUUCUAUCAAAUUCUUAUAAGGAGUCACAAGAAAAAAAUAAAUCAUAUUUAUUGAAUAUACCUUAGAAAUGUAGUCAAGAAAACUUAAGAUUUAGUUUUAACGUUUCUAAAUAAAAAAAAUUGUUGGUGGUAGAAAAUAAAGAGUGGUUGUUAAUUGUGAGUUUUGCUUCAUUUCAAAGCAACUAGAAAUUCUAAGUUGUAUUUUCCCUCUUAACCACACUCACCCCUACGUUGAAGCAGUUAGAGCAAUGAAUAUAUGUUUAUGGAUCAAUAACUCCAAAAUAAUUAUGGACCAGUAACUAGAGUCAUCCUGAAGUUUCAUGCCAUCAGUCACCAGAAAUUGGUGAUGCCUCAUUCUUUUUUAUAAUGUUUUUAUGUUGUCAAGAGGAAAAAUAACUAUAGGUUGAGAUGUACUUUAGAAAAUAACAGGAAUGGAUCUGUGUUUCAUCUCACUAAAACUAUAGUCCGUGGCUUUAUUUUUCCUUGAGGCUGUCUUUUCUUUUUGGAAUUAACCACAGAAUUAUUUACCUUUGACUUAUUCUUAUCAUUGUGAAAACUCAUAUUGUGUUAGUUUUAAUUAAUGUUAAUUUGACAUAUAUAAGCCAACCCUAUCAAAGUGGUAUUUAAAUUUUUUAAUCAAUUUUACCAAUAACAAAGACAAAUUGCUUCGAUGUUUCUAGGUUUUGUUUGCAGUUGGUGACAGGAUAGUUUAAAACAUGUUUCAGUCUUAAGAGUUUGCAUACUUUGCCCCCUUCCUCUAAAAAGUUACAAACAUUGCAAAGUAAAGCCCAAGGGCCAUCUUAAAACUCUUCCUGCUUACUUCCAUCUGUUGUCCAGUUUCAGAAACACCAACAGAGCCAAGAACGUGGCGACAUAAAAUGUUUUAAAGAUAAGUUAGGUCCAGCAUUGUGCCACUAACCAACGCAACGUGGAAGCUUGUACGGGAUUCACCCUUAGUGAGUUCUCAGUGCCAACAGCCCAACACCUCCAACCUCUUUGAGUGAUUCUAGGUUAGUAGUCCCUUCCAUUCCCACUGUCUGGGAUUUUCUUCUCAAUCUCAACGUCUGUGCCACGAAGGGAGAAAGCUACGUUUGCAGCAUAAAGUGGAAAGAAAUGCCCACAGCUGUGGCGAAAUCUGAUGAAUGUCUUGAUGUCAAUAUAUCUAUUUCUGAUUUUGAUUCAGAUUGUGCCAGUAUUUCCAUACCAGGGAACGACUGAGUCAUAUAAUGGUGAAGGAAUUUCAUCUUCCCAUUGGAUGGUUUCUGGCUAUGUUCUAGUUACACGAUUGAUUUGCUAAUUCCCAGAUUAGCAAGAGCCCAUCAUUGCCAGGAUGAGUACUCUCCAGGACUUGCUAUAAGAGCAUCAUGGAUAACUGGAGCAUGAAGCAGAGGGUAAUGGUACCUAUAAAUAUGGAAAUGUGCCUGUAAGAGUGACAAGUAUUGGGUAAUAAACUCAAGAGGGCUGACAUUUCAAACUGCCAACAAUGAAAAUAGUCUACUUAAAAACCCUUAGUCUAGAAAUACUUCUGUCUGUAAAGUUUGAUGUCUGACCUUGAAAUCUGUUUGACUAUUGUUAGAAAUUCCUUCUCCUAUGAUUUCCAGUUGCUAAUUCAAUAAUUUCAUUCUAUAACUUCAAAUCGACCUGGUGCCGUGAAUAUUCUGCUUUAGAGAAGUCCGUAUUUUUUUUUUAAUCUCACUACAUGUUCGUUCAGCUGUUUCCUCCUCCUAAUUACCUCCCAAAUGCUUUCGGUGAACCAUAUUGUGUUUUGCGAGGUAUACAGUGCACAUGGUUCUUUCUGAUACAGAGCCGAAGUCUAGACUGUUUACACUGGCUGAUGUUUACGUUGCCCAAACUCAGUGCCUCAAAUACCUCUGCGACCAGUUUCGUCUCCAACCACAUAACUCCGUUUCUUUAAUCUUAGGUCUCCAAAAGGCCUCACAGAGACAAUAAUAUGGUGGAAAGCAAGCUGAUACUGUCAGCAAAGAAUGAAAGAAAAUUGUUGGAAUCUGGAGAUUAUUACUCCCUCCUCCUAACCUGUCCCCGAUUAGACAUUUCUUGAGAGCAACCAUAGAUUUUUAUAAUGCCAUUUUUAAUCUAACACAAGAAUGGGCUUUUGAAAAAUAUGCAAAAUAGUGAAGAGAACAUACUAUCGGUUUGAUUAUCCUAACAAGUUGUUACUAGGAGGAGAAAGUACUAUGAGUUGGGAGAUGAACUUGGAUCUCUCUGUAAUACUUUCAAAAUUCAUAAUUUACUACUUUAGACAAUUUGCUAUCAAUUUACUACAAAAAAAAAACUCCACAAAAGCUAGCAGUUUCUAAAGUAAUUAUAUGUCAACUUUUAACCAGAUGGGACAUUCUAUGCAUCAGUAGGUGAUUUUGUUCUACUGUACAGAGAUUACUUGCCAACCUGUACAGAUAAGGUGAAUGGUUAAGAGCUUAAAUCAAUAUGGUGUUGUCUUUUGUAUCAAGGAAAGAAAGAAAGAAAGAAAGAAAGAAAGAAAGAAAGAAAGAAAGAAAGAAAGAAGGAAGGAAGGAAGAAAGGAAGAAAGGAAGAAAGGAAUGAGAGAGAGAGAGCUUGACCAUAAAUAACAGCAUGACAACAUUAAAGUUCUGUAAUAACAGCCUCAUUCCAAACAUUGAAAGCUCUGGAGUGAGUCUGCUGGGAUUCGAUGGAUGUUAUGGGACUGGCGCAUCUUCUCAUUAGCAUCUGAGGCAACUCUGUGCAUUGAUGCAUAGACAAAGUGAACAACCAGAGCACUUAUGAAGGAGACCGUUUACUCUUCUAUACUUCCUAUCUCUCUAGAAAGAAAAAAUAUGCCUUCCUUGCUGUGUAUCACACCCCAAAUGAGCACAAAUUGUCAUCCAUGGAGGAUUUUAGAGUUAUGUUCCAACACUCAACCUAUAAAGAACUAGCAUUCUAAGUAUCUGGCUUACUAAGAUAUGUAGUAACUCCUUAAAGGUCUGGGAUAUGUAAGAUCAGAGGUAUGGUAUCUGAGUAGGUAUGUCUGGGACUUUGGUUUGGUCUUCAGGCAACAGAGGCUCAGGGAGAAGAAGGAGGAGCUAAGUUUAGCCAAAGUGAUAGAAAACCUGGUUUUUAUUUUCUGCUAACCAAGCGUUGCAGCACUGAAAGUGGCAUUGUAAAUCCAAAUAUUUUAUAGAAAGCUUUACCAUUUCUAAGAUGCCAAGAAACUCACUGUGGUUGCCUAAGAAUUCACUGUAUAAUAUUUUCUUCCUGAUAUUUGACCACAGUGAUGUGAGGUCAUUUCUCAGGUGACCAGAGAUCUGAGACCCGAUAAUGAGUAUUUGGUAGUAAUUGAGAGUUAUCUCAAUGCAUAAAGCUGCCUGUCUUAUAGUAUAGAAAUGACAAACACUGUCAGGUAUAAAGAAGAUUUUAUAAAAGAAAAAUAUUGACAUUGAAGUCUUGAGUGGGUCCAAGCACAAUGACAUUAUUGAUGGAGAACUAUGAAAGAAAAUUAAGAGUGAUAAGCUAGUUUGUUCAGGUACUUCAAUAUAGGAUAUCAUGAAGACGGCCAUGGGUUCACUUAGGUAGAGAAAAAAAAAGUUUUAACAUUUUAAAACUAUAUCUGUGAAGAUUUUUUCUUUUUAUCCACUUAGUGGAGUUUGUGCACUUAGACCUAAGCUAAGCUAAAUGAAAGACUACCAAAUAUUUAGGAUACUUAGCAAUAUUUUAUUUACUACAUGUAAGUCUGAGAUUCUUCAUAAUUAAUGUUUUCAUUUUCAAGCAGUAAUAUUUAAAGAUAUGUUAUUGCCACUUUCUUUAAACCAACAGUUUACGACUGAGAUGCUUUGUAAUUUCAUAUAUGAAAAUAUCGUUAAGAAAAAAUAAUGAGAAAAAACUAAGGCAAAACAUUAGUACCAAAAGGGUAGAACUACUUAAAAGGACGUCAAUUUUUCAGGAAUGCUUUUGGCUUAAAUUUGCUUCUCUGCCUGUAUUCCUUUCUAAGAGUUCAUCUACAUUGUGUCUAGUGCCUUUUGGCCAACUUAGUCAUUCAAGAUCCUUGGUAAAUCCUACAGGAGCCAGUGCAUCUGGCCUUCACUGAUUGGCUCCCCAAUUAACCAGCAACUGUUGUCCACAUGCCAAAUGCUAUAUAUAGGAAGGGACUCAUUCAUAUAUGGUUAUCAUUUUGUUCCAUGUGACUCGUGCCCAUAUGUUCUUUGAUGGAGAGUCUGUGGUAGUAAAUAAAAUGGCCAGAAAAGACAGCUUCAGGACCAUGUGGUUUCUCUCAUACAGAGCUUAACAAACAUUGAGUAACUCAUAGGGUUCAAGUUAGGUUCAACAAAAAUGUAUGGGAGAAACUGUUCCCUUUCAUAAACAGACACCAUUAUCAUAAACUAAGAAUAAUAAAUUUGCUCCUAACUUGGGCCACUUGUCAUUUUAAGAUGAACAGCAGAACCAUCACAAUAAUUGUAGUAGGCUGCUAAAUGGAUUGUCAGUCACCUUGAGGUUACUAUAUUUGAUUGAAAAUGUAGACUGUAUCUUACUGUUGAAAAAAAUGGGAGCUCUGUUUCAAUUAAUGUGUCAUCUUGUAAUACUUUCAAGGAGACCAGUUAGAUUCAACAUAGGAUAUUACAAGUUGGUUAAAAACCCCAUGUACAAAUAAAAUUUUAUGUCUAAAGGAUUCUUGUAUUUGAACUUAAGAAAAAUAAAUUAUCCUGCUUUACUUUAUAUGCUAAAAGUAGGUUUUUAUGACAACACUGAAGUAAAGUGUUUCAUGGUAUCUCGGCAAUUUCCGUUCCAGUAAUAUUAUCCGUCUCUUUAACCUGAGCAUGUUUGUUUUGUCUGCUUUCUAUACAGAUCUCAGUUUUGUCUAAUGCUUUUAGUGUAACUGAAGACUUUGAGUGUGGAUUUUCCAAUCCAGGCAGUGGUUCCUGACAAACACUGUUAGGUCAUUAUUUGUUGUAUCAAAGUUCCAGUGGUUUCAGAAAUCAUAGCCGCCCACGAAUUUGUGAUGUCUGGGUUUGAGUAGUAUUGUUGAGAAUUGUAUGCAGUGACUGUUCCUGCACACUUUUCAAGUAAAAACAUGUUUUUA